CCUUCUCCAUGACGCCUGCAGCGGAAGCCACCAGCGAGCCCAGCGAGGUAAACAUGGUGCCGUGCACCUAUGGAAGCUCGUCUUUUCAGGUCACCGGAUGCUCUGGAUCAAGCAGAGCCUCCGCGGUCUUCCCCUUGUCCCUCUCUAUUUCGGCAGCUGCGAAGAUGCUUGCGACCGAGGUAGCAACGGAAAGCACUGCGCGGGUCACAGGCUACACCACAGGCCUCACGUGGGAGGCCGGCGCCUCGUCGAUCCGUUUCCAACUCAGCAGCUUUUCGUCGGGGAAUGUGGCAGUGCUGCUGCAGUCGAAACGUGGCUGGCUGCCAGGCUUGGGAAAUGCCAAGCCCUUGGAUGGCCAGUGCGGCCUCGAAGUGGUGGUCCUGGCGCGUCCGGACCGGGCGUUCACGGCGCUGACGUAUCUGCCGGACGCCAUUCUGCAGCAGCUGUGGCCCGUGGAGACCAUGCUGCGGGUGAAGGUCCUAAGUCCUGCACCACUGAUGAAGCCAUUGAGCGAUUGUCCUGGGCAAUGGCUCCGGGAUCGCCUUCUCCACCUCUGCGACCGCCUCAACGGCGGUGACGGUGCGGACGCGGCCGCCUCCGCGGCCGCCUCCGCCGCGCUGCGCGCGCAGUUGCGCGCGGCGGGGCUCCGGGUGGAGGGCGUGGAGGAGACGGUAAGACAUGCGGAUCGAGGCCGGCGCGUGUCCCAAGAAGAGUUGGGAUAUUGGCAGGAAGAGGCCGACAAAGGACAUCGCUGUGCUGGAAGUAUGGAAGGCGAUGCCGAGAUGGGUUCUCAAAGGCGAGACGUACCUGACGACAUCAUUGCGUCCAUGCUGUGA